UCGUCGAAAGCAAUCUAAGCAAAAAUCUCUCAUUCAAAUUUUUCGGAGUCACGCCCAGCAAAAAUCCCACUCAAACCCAUCAUCCAAUGGCUCUCAGUCUCUUUGGCAACGGCCGACAAAGCAACUUCUUCGACCCCUUCUCCCUGGACAUCUGGGAUCCAUUGGAGGGCUUCGGCACUCUGGCCAACAUCCCCACCUCUGCUCGUGAAACCACCGCCAUUGCCAACACCCGCAUCGACUGGAAGGAGACCCCGGAGGCCCACAUCUUCAAGGCGGACCUCCCGGGGAUAAAAAAGGAGGAGGUGAAAGUGGAGGUGGAGGACGGGAGGGUCCUGCAGAUCAGCGGCGAGAGGAGCCGGGAGCAGGAGGAGAAGAACGACAAGUGGCACAGGGUGGAGAGGAGCAGUGGCAAGUUUAUGAGGAGGUUCAGGCUGCCGGAGAACGCGAAGAUUGAUCAGGUGAAGGCAUCGAUGGAGAAUGGAGUCCUGACUGUGACUGUGCCGAAAGAGGAGGAGAAGAAGCCUGCUGUCAAGGCCAUUGACAUCUCCGGCUAAGCUCUUGUUGUGUUAAUUUCUGCUUCUGUGUAUUUCCGAGUAUCUGUAUGUGAGAUGAGUGAUAUGCUGGGUCAAUUUUCACGUAUGGCUUCUUGUUCUAAAUAUUAUAAUAAAUCUUUAUAAAAGUUGAGUGCAUUUUAUUUUUUAA